AUGAUGAUCGAUACAUAUCUGGGCCUUCGGCCUCUCGCACCGCGGACCUCCAUAGGAGCCAGCGGUGGCGGAGGCGCAGGAACACAGAGCCUUGGAGGAGGCGACGAUAAAGACAGACGUAUUAGACGAUCGUCAACGGCCUGUAGAGAUUGUCAAAGACGUCGGACUAAAUGUAGCGGCCAUCCCAAGUGCGACGAAUGCAGGGUUCAUAACCGCGAAUGCUUCUUUGAUAAAGCCAACGACAGACGUCGCAAGUGCUUUGCGAGGAGAACACAGGAUCAGUUACAUUACUACCGCCGCUUUACCGAAGAUCUAAUCUCCCACUUCCCUGAUGGCGAUGGAGCGACAGUACAACUGAUUGUUGACACUAUUCGAUCUGGGGCAGAUAAUCAAAACCUACGAGAGCUGCUUAUCCGCCUGGACAAGGCUGCCGAAACCGAGGAAGAUCCAAAUAACCAGGUCCUCCGGACAACCUUUACUUAUUCGAGAUCGCAAACCUCGAAGCCUUCCGAGCAAGCCUUCGAGCCCCUGAGCAAGUCGCUUCCAGCAAAGUCGCUUCCGAGCAAGCACGCUGAAGCCAUCACAAACUCCCUCCGAAUUCAAACAAGAGAACACGCCGAGAUGUCACUCCCAUACGACGAGCUCUACAGACAUGAGCCCGCCGACGCUCAACGCUUCGGCCUAGUCCGAGCGAGCAUUGUGCUACACUCCUCCGCCCAGUGGAGGACUUGGUACAGCCAAAUCCAGACAGUUGCUAAGGGCAAUGACGUCUGGGAAUACCUCGAUCCCGAGGACCAACACCCACCGGCCCUACCGACGAAGCCAGUGAGACCGAGCAAAUUCGACUACGAAAGAGAGUCAGAAACAAGCGAUAAGCUCACGAAGGAGGGUCGCCGGGAAUACCAAGAAGACAGAAAGGAGUAUGAUACCGACCUAGCCGAGUACAACACUAUCAAGCGAGCCAUAGACCGAGUCACCGAGCGAAUUCGAAACUCACUUGCGCCAGAGCUCCAGCAACUUACCGUUGACGUAUUCGACGUACAUACCCUCCUUAUCGCACUUCGAGACCGUUUCUCACUUGCUGAAAGAGAAAGGAAGCAAGAGCUACGCACCCAGUGGAAUGCUCUAGCUUCAACACCAGUCAAAGACUCUGGACUUGACGCAAUGAUCAUGAGAUGGGAAAACCUAUACCAGGAAUGCAAGGCUGCAGAGGUCUCAUUCACGAAGGAUGCUGAUGAUGCUAUCUACGACUUCCUUACUGCUAUCAAGCAAGUGGAUCCUCAGUUCUCCUACACUUGGUAUCAGAAGACUUUCAGGGAGGAAGGCAACGUAAGCUUCACGAGCAUGCUAAAUGCGUUCCGAACGGAGAGGACCGUUUUUCGGCCGAAAAAGGGUCUCAAGGCAACUCACGCUUCAUUCGCUACGCUAAAUGGCCAGGAAGAAGCCGGAAAGCCGCAACCUCAGCGCAAAGCUGGUAGCGGAAAUGACCGAAAGAAACUGCCUAGCAAUCCUACUUGCGUCUGCGAGGAUAAGCAUCUCUACCAAGCUUGCCCAUAUCUCGUCAAAGCUGUCCGACCAUCAGGAUGGAAGCCUGAUCCUAGCAUCAAGAAGAAGAUCAGCCAAAACACGGAAAAGUUAUCUUCAGCAGCUCAAAGAAAAGUCAAAGACCUCACUGCCAAGCUAGCUGAAAGCACCGCAAGCGAUACACAAGCGCACUUCGCUGAAUUUCGAGAGGACGAAUCUCCCUUUAGCUUCCUAACAUGGGAUGAUAAGCCGAUAACAGCAUUCCCUACCACACAGCAAGCAUCAAUCAAAGACAGAUGGCUAAUUGAUACGGCUUCUACAAGGCAUAUCUCAAACAAACGAAGCCUAUUCACUGAUUUUAAGGAAUCAAACGGCACUAUCAAGGUCGGAGACACCUACUGCACCCUUCAAGGAAGUGGAAAAGUCAGCAUCAAGGCACUUAGUCCUACCACAGGGAAGCCAGUGACAAUUACGCUUGACGACGUCGAGUACUCACCAGGAUUUCACACAAACCUGAUCUCACUUGGAAUCAUCAAGAAGCGAGGUUUUAUAGCGGACUUUGACAACUUAACGAUCGUUAGCAAGCAGUCCGGCAAGUGUAUUGCAAAGAUAGAGGAAAUUGGUAACCUCUUCGCACUCUCAGAGGUAGACAUACUGUUUCCUGCCUCAUUCGCAACAACUGCAUUUGCUUCAACCACUAAGCGUUCUACCGUACCGCUUGUCUCAAAAGCAACCGCUGAAACAUGGCAUCGCCGACUUGGUCAUAUGCAUGAUCAACGUAUCGAGAAGCUUGCCGAUAUGGUAGAUGGCAUCGAAGUCACAAAACCUACUGGUCAAGCACAACAAGACAAUCCUGAGCACUGCGAAGUGUGUCAGUUGACAAAAGCGCAUCGCCAAGUGUCUCGAAGAGCUCAAGGAGCCACAUUCGGACCGCUUGGUCGAAUUCACUUCGAUCUAAUUCCGAUCCAAGAAGCCUAUAACGGCGACAGGUGGAUAACUCAUUUCUAUAUUGAUGGCAUCCGCUACCAUUGGGCUGCAACGCACCCACAAAAGAACGGCUGUCAGGAAGCAGUCACUAGCUUCGUGUCACAAAUGAAGACUUGGUUCAACUUGCCGAUCCGUGCCUUUCAUUAUGAUAAUGAGAGAUCAGCAGGCAGAGCUGUCGAGGAUUUCCUCACUCACUGCGGUAUCGUCAUCCAACACAGCAUCCCCGGCACUCCUGAAAUGAAUUCGUUUGCCGAGCGAUCUGGGGGGGUGAUAAUAGCAAGGAUGAGAUCACUUCUCGAAGACUCUAAGCUCCCUAAGAAUCUCUGGCCGGAAGCAGCGCAAGCAGCUAUCUAUAUACUAAACAGAUCGCCCACCAAGCUCAAUGAUGGCCGCUGGAUCAUCCCACAACAGGAGUUUCACCAGCAAGGAACUAGCACAUGGGUUCCGAUCAACCUAUCAAAUCUUCGAGUAUACGGUUGUCGCACCUACGUCAGAAUUCAGGGGAUCCCUCAAUCCGAUAAAAUGCAUCGCCGAGCUGAAAUUGGCUACUUGGUCGGAUAUAAAACAGGCAACAUCUGGAAAAUCUGGUUUCCUAGGUCUAAUACCAGCAAGUACGUCCGAGACGCAGUGUUCGAUGAGAAUAUGAACUAUUCACACCAGCCGAAAGAAGCUCCAAUCAUCAGCCAGAUACCCUACACAGAGGUUUUCGAUCAGGAAGAGCUUGAAGCAGAGCUUGAGCAGGCCCUACGCCGACUUGCUACAUCACCAAUCAUACAAAAUGAGCCACAAGAUCCGCAAGAAGCAAUUGAGACCCGAUCUCAACAAAUGCCAAUUGAACAAGCCGAAGCAUCACAACAAGUGUCAAAACUUCAACAAUCCACUUCGCCACAAUGGCAACAAGUGACCCCGUCACUCACUCCACGAAUGACUCCGCUGCCAGCGAGUCUUCCGCCAAGUCCGAUACCAAGCGAGGUGCCGCUGCCGACCAGCGUACCAAACUCGCCAUUACCGGCACCACUCACGGCCAUUCCAUAUGAGCCUGUUACACCGGAUCAAGCGCUUCGUCCAGCUUAUCCGCAAGCACCAGAACGAACAGCAUUCCAGCAAGUGGACGUAGUUCCAGUACGACCAAUUGUCUACACUCCGUCAAGUCCAGCACCGGCCUCCUCUCCAGAUCAGCAAGUUCCGGGAAGCUUCCCCACAGCUUCACAAGGUCACCAAGCCAUUCGAGAUAUUAACGGAGACGUCUCUACAGACAACGUUAUCCAAGGCACUCGAAGAAGGACAGUGAGAAAGGACCCAUACCUUGCGAGUUACUUCACGUACGAUGACCAAGAUGACCAUGAAGGCGUACUAGCUGCAUUUGCUUCCGCGCUCUCAUCCACUCGCCCAGAACCUCGCUACCAUCGCGAUGAUCUUACUCCUGAACCCCAAAGCUGGAAGGAAAUGAUUAAUCAUCCGUUUCGGGACGGUUUCAUGGCCGCAGCAGGCCUCGAAGUGGAAUCUAUCAAGCUCCGUCAAACAUUCAAAGUUGAACCACGCCCUCAGGACCGCAGCAUUCAGGUCCUACCACUCAAGUGGGUUUUCAACUAUAAGUAUGACAGCAAUGGUUUCCUCACCAAGCUUAAAGCACGAAUCUGUGUUCGAGGCGACCUACAAACCAUUAGCUCAGACGACAAGCGAGCCGCCACGCUUGCUGCCCGUACAGCCCGUGCAAUAUUCGCACUCGUUGCUGCAUUUGACCUAGGAACCUUCCAACUCGACGCUGUUAACGCAUUUCUCAAUAGUGAUCUCGACGAAGAGGUGUAUACGUAUAUGCCUGAAGGUUUCCACGAUUCAACAAGCGUCUGGAAGCUCCUUAAAGCACUUUAUGGCUUACGCAAGUCUCCGAAACUAUGGCAGCAAGAAGCCACACGCGUUCUUAGAAAGCUUGGAUUUCAGCACGUACCAGAGGAUAUAUGCCUAUUCACGAAAAAUGGAGUCAUUGUGUUCUUUUAUGUGGACGAUAUAAUUAUCGUCUACCACCGAGCGAGAUACCAGGAAGCUUUAACGCUGCGCCAACAGCUUAAAGAGCACUGGGAACUUCGGGACAUAGGAGAAGCAAGCUGGUUUCUCGGCAUUCGCAUCCUCCGGGAUACUAAGCAGCAUAAGCUAUGGCUUUGCCAGGAUUCCUAUAUCGCAUCAAUGGCCGCCAAGUAUGGUCUUACCAACGGACGAAAGGUUACAACACCUCUACCAGUCAAUCGCAUGACUCGGUAUACGGGACAAGCAACUAAGGAGCAGAUUCACGAAUACCAGCAGAAGGUAGGAUCAGUCAUCUAUCCAACAGUCAUCACACGUCCAGAUGCUGCCAAAGCAGCAAAUCACUUGGCCGAGUUCCUCACGAACCCCGGACCCGAACACCGAGAAGCAGCAAACCGCCUUAUCCAGUAUCUCUACCAAACAAGGUUCCUUGCUCUCGAGUAUCAUCCAACUCUCACGGAGUCUGCACUCCACUUCUUUAGCGAUGCAUCAUUCGGAGAUCACGUUGAUCGGAAAAGCUCAGAAGGCUUCCUCUGUAAGCUGUUUGGAGCAGCAGUCGACUGGAAAGCCAGCAAGCAACGAACCGUCACAACGUCGACAACUGAAGCCGAGCUGCUAGCUAUAUCUGAGGCUGGCAAGUCAGCUAUGUGGUGGAAAAGGCUACUUCACGCAGUCAAUCUCGACUAUCAAUCAGGACUAGACAUCCACUGCGACAAUCAGCAAACCGUCGAUCUUCUCACUAAGGAGCAACCUCAGCUUCGCACCAAGCUUCGCCACGUCGAUAUCCACAAUAACUGGCUUCGUCAAGAAGUUGAAGCCGGCACUAUCUCAAUCAAAUGGGUUCCCACAGCCGAAAUGGCCGCCGAUGGACUCACUAAGCUGCUUCCAUCACAGUCCCAUGCGCAAUUCAUUCAGACACUAGGAUUGGUCGACAUUAAGCACUUGGUGGAGGACAAAGUGGCAUGA